UAUAAAUUAAGGACUAGAGAGUAGACACUCAUGUAUUAAAUCGGCUAUGAUGGCAAUGCAAAACUUAUUGGUUGUAUUGUUACUUCUUGUACUUGUUGGGUCGUCGGUGUCUUAUAACUCUGGUAUUAACGCAUCUGCGGCUACUUCUUCAGUGAAUCGUUCCAGUUUUCCGGCGGGAUUUAUUUUUGGCACUGCCUCAGCGUCUUACCAGUAUGAAGGAGCAGCAAGGGAAGGUGGUAAAGGACCAAGUAUUUGGGAUUAUUACACCCACAAAUACCCAGAGAAAAUAAAGGAUGGCAGCAGUGGAGAUGUGGCUAACGAUGAAUAUCAUCGUUACAAGGAAGAUGUCGGCAUUAUGGAAGACAUGGGCUUGGAUGCUUACAGAUUCUCAAUCUCAUGGUCUAGAAUAUUACCAAAUGGAAAGCUAAGUGGGGGAGUUAACAAUGAAGGAAUCAAAUACUACAAUAACCUCAUCAAUGAGCUCCUAUCUCAUGAUAUACAGCCAUUUGUGACUCUAUUUCACUUCGAUCUCCCCCAAACCUUAGAAGAAGACUAUGGUGGAUUCUUAAGUCGUCGCAUUGUAUCACAUUUUAGAGAUUAUGCAGAGACAUGUUUCAAAUAUUUCGGUGAUAGGGUGAAAUACUGGAUCACACUAAACGAGCCAUGGAGCUUUAGCAUGGGUGGUUACGCGUCUGGCUCUUUGGCUCCAUUCAGAUGUUCAGCUUGGCAACAAUUCAAUUGCACUGGAGGGGAUUCGGCGACUGAGCCAUACUUGACUGGACACAAUCAACUUCUAGCUCAUGCCGCCGCCAUCAACUUAUACAGGCAAAAAUACCAGGAGACUCAAAAGGGUAAGAUAGGGAUCACACUAGCGACAUUAUGGGUUGUGCCUUACUCCUCUGCUAGGCAUCACCAAAAUGCUGCCCUUCGGGCACUCGAUUUCAACUUUGGAUGGUUUAUGGACCCAAUAAGUAAUGGUGACUAUCCCCACACAAUGAGAUCUCUUGUAGGAGAUCGAUUGCCAAAAUUCACAAGAGAGGAAUCUAAGAUGCUAAAAGGGUCGUUUGAUUUUGUCGGAUUGAACUACUACACUGCGUAUUAUGCAGCAGAUGUGCAUACUUCUAAUAAUCCUGUGAAUGCAAGUUCCUUGACCGAUAGUCAUGCUAAUCUUUCAAGUGUGCGUAAUGGCCUCCCCAUCGGUCCACAGGCAGCUUCUUCUUGGCUUUUUGUUUAUCCGAGAGGAAUUCGAGAUCUCCUGCUCUACGCAAAGAAAAAGUACAACAAUCCACUUAUCUACAUCACUGAAAAUGGGAUUGAUGAGUUCAAUAACGCCACAUUAUCGCUAGAGGAAGCUCUCAAUGACCAGAUGAGGAUCGAUUACUACUCAAAACAUCUUUAUUUCCUUCAAAGAGCAGUAGUCAAGGAUGGUGUAAAUGUGAAAGGAUAUUUUGCAUGGUCAUUGUUGGACAACUUCGAAUGGAAUUCAGGCUACACUGUACGAUUUGGUAUCAACUAUGUUGAUUAUCAAAAUGGCUUGAAGAGAUAUCCCAAAAGUUCUGCACAUUGGUUCAAGAACUUUCUCAAGAAAUAGACAAUUUAUUCUCAUCGUUGUAACUUUAUAAUGAACCCCUUAACAAGUUCUCCAGUAUGCCUACUAUUUGGGUCCAGCCUGCAGCCAUCAUUGUUUUGGGCCCAUUGGCAUCUGAAGCCUCUUUAAUCUUUAUACUGCUUUCUGGAUUCUAUGGAAUUUGGCUUGAUUAAAUGGGCCUACGAGAUUUCAUGGGCCUAAUUAUUCUUCCUA